AUGGCCAGCGACGACGAGUGCUACGACUACGAGUACGACUACGACGAAGACGACGACGACGAGCAGGAGGAGGAGGCGAUGGAGGCCGACGAGGAGGGCCUGUUCGAGGACGACACGCCGAUGCCGGAUCGCCCCGCCGAUUGCUGGGCAAUUACACAAGAGUCUCUUUCCAUUGCACAGCAACAAGAUCUAUCCAUGGUGAUGACCUUGCUCAACGUCAAGCAGCACAAUGCUCGCGCUCUCCUCAUCCACCAUCGGUGGAAGAUAGACUGCAUCUACGACCACCUCGACAGGAAGGGGCGAGACCGCACGUUCAGGGAGGCAGGCAUCGUGCUUCACGAGAAUAUCAACGGCAAGCCGCUGGGGUUGCCCUCAAGAGUGGUCAACUGCAUGGUGUGCUUUGAUGAAUUCUCUGUGGGCGCCGUCUCCACCAUGGAAUGUGGCCAUUAUUUCUGCAAUGACUGUUGGACGGAGCACUUCAAGGCGUGUGUGGAGAGCGGCAAGAAGCAGAUCCGGUGCAUGGGGGUGAAGUGCCCGGUGGUGUGCGACGAGGCCGUGGUGCAGCAGCUCCUCGCCGGCGAGUACCCCGACGCGGCCAGGCGCUUCGACCGCUUCCUCCUCGAGUCGUACCUCGAGAACAACGACUCGGUGAAGUGGUGCCCGAGCGUCCCGCACUGCGGCCGCGCGAUCCGCGUGGGCGCCGGCGAGCGCUACACCGAGGUGGAGUGCCCCUGCGGCCUGGGCUUCUGCUUCGCGUGCGCGGCCGGCGCGCACUCGCCGUGCCCCUGCACCAUGUGGGACAUGUGGGAGGUCAAGUGCAACGGCGAGUCGGAGACGGUCAACUGGAUCCUCGCCAACACCAAGAGCUGCCCCAAGUGCUUCAACCCCAUCGUCAAGGACGGCGGCUGCAACCUCGUCACCUGCAAGUGCGGCCAGCAUCUAUGUUGGAAGUGCGGCGGCGCGACGGGGGGCGCGCACGACUGGGACAGCAUCGUCGGCCACAGCUGCAACCGCUUCGUGGGGGAGGAGAAGAAGAAGGUGGACAACGCCAAGCGCAACCUGCACCGCUACACGCACUACUACGACCGCUUCAAGAUCCACGGCGACUCGCACAAGCUGGAGCACGACAAGCUCGGCCCCGCCGUCGACGAGCGGGUCAAGCUGCUGGAGGCGCUGCUGCAGGACCAGCCCCUCCUCCAUGACGCCAGCUGGCUCACCGAGGCGCACCGCGGCCUCCUGCAGUCGCGCCAGGUGCUCUCGCGCUCCUACGUCUUCGCCUACUACAUGUUCGGCGGCGACGACGACAAGGUCCGGACGUGGCCCAAGCACCGCGGCAGCCUGCCCAUCGCGCAGGGCCUCUUCGAGAACUACCAGGAGGAGCUGGAGAGCAACGUGGAGCGCCUCUCCAAGUUGCUCGCCACCGAGUACGGGCCGGUGCCCGAGGAGGAGGACGUCCGGCGCGACAAGCAGAACGCCAUGAACCUCGCCAAGAUCGUGCAGACGCGAUGCGGGGAGAUCUACAAGUGCAUCCAGGACGAGCUCCUGCCGCUGCUCCUCGACCCCAUGAUCAUCGCCGCGUACCGGCCCCGCGGCCCCGACAAGGCCAAGGACUUCACCACCGCCUGA